AAUCAAUGCUCCGUGAUGCCCAGCAGGUGGCGCACCCUCCCUGCCCACGCCUCGCCGAGGAGCGGGGCGAGCCCCGGCGGCGCAGGCGCGGUGCUCGAGGCGGACGGAUCCGGGACCGGGCUCCGUUUCCUUUCACCAGGCCCUGCGACCUCGCGUCCAACGGAGUCCGAGAGGGAGCGGGGUGGGGGAGAGAGCGAGCCCCGCACCGACCGCACCGCCUCCCUCCCCCGGGAUCGCGCAGGGCUUCCCCGCUCCCUCCAGGCCGGUAGCGGGCUGAACCGCCUCCUUCCCGUGCCCCCUGCGCUGCUCCCGGCGCACUCCGAAUCCCCAGAGCUGCGGCGUUCCGGGAUCGAACGCUCGACGCGUUCCAAGGAAGCCGGCAGCGUUCGAAAUUGGAAUCCUCCUGUCGGCCGCUGCUACAUUGUUUCCUCUUCCCCACCCCCUCUCCCCGAUCCCUCUUUCCCCCGGCCCCACUGCUGUCCGAACACCCACCCCGACCCCACCCCUUUGUACCUCUCCCGCUUCCCCUCACCUCCGGCCCCGGCCCCGGCCCAGCAGCGCCCGGGGAGGCCCCCCGCCGCAUGGAAUAUCCGGCAACUGGCUGAGCCCCACGCUGAGAAGCCGGCUCCCGGACGGGGAAGCGGAGCCGGAGGCAGCUUGGAGCCUGCAGAGAGAUCUCAUGCCAAGUGACGUGUCCCUCCUGUGAGAUUUGAUCCCCAGACCUGCCUGAGACGAUGUCAGGAAUGCAGGCCGUUUGGCCGUCCGGUACGGAAUGUAUCGCCAAGUAUAACUUCCAUGGCACCGCCGAGCAGGACCUUCCGUUCAGCAAAGGGGACGUGCUCACCAUCGUCGCCGUCACCAAGGAUCCCAACUGGUACAAAGCCAAAAACAAGGUGGGCCAUGAGGGGAUCAUCCCUGCCAACUACGUUCAGAAGAGGGAAGGAGUGAAAGCCGGAACCAAACUCAGUCUGAUGCCCUGGUUCCAUGGGAAGAUCACACGGGAGCAGGCAGAGCGGCUGCUGUACCCCCCAGAGACGGGCCUCUUCCUGGUGCGGGAGAGCACCAACUACCCGGGGGACUACACCCUAUGUGUGAGCUGCGAGGGGAAGGUGGAGCAUUACCGCAUCAUCUACUCCUCCAGCAAGCUCAGCAUCGAUGAGGAGGUCUACUUCGAGAACCUCAUGCAGCUGGUGGAGCAUUACACCACAGACGCCGAUGGGCUCUGCACACGCCUCAUCAAACCCAAACUCAUGGAGGGGACGAUCGCGGCUCAGGACGAGUUCUCCAGAAGUGGCUGGGCCCUCAACAUGAAGGACCUGAAGCUUCUGCAGACCAUUGGCAAAGGGGAGUUCGGAGACGUGAUGCUGGGUGGUUACCGCGGCAACAAGGUCGCCGUGAAGUGCAUCAAACAUGACGCCACGGCGCAGGCCUUUCUGGCGGAGGCCUCAGUGAUGACGCAGCUCCGACACAGCAACCUGGUGCAGCUGCUGGGGGUGAUCGUGGAGGAGAAGAGCGGCCUCUACAUUGUCACUGAAUACAUGGCAAAGGGAAGCCUAGUCGAUUACCUGCGAUCCCGAGGGAGGUCUGUGUUGGGGGCUGACUGCCUGUUGAAGUUCUGCUUAGACGUCUGUGAAGCUAUGGAGUACCUGGAAGCCAACAACUUCGUCCACCGGGACCUGGCGGCAAGGAAUGUGCUGGUCUCAGAGGACAACAUCGCCAAGGUCAGCGACUUUGGACUGACGAAGGAGGCGUCAUCCACUCAGGACACAGGGAAGCUGCCGGUGAAAUGGACGGCGCCGGAAGCACUUAGAGAAAAGAAAUUCUCCACCAAGUCGGACGUGUGGAGCUUCGGGAUCCUCCUCUGGGAAAUCUACUCCUUCGGGCGAGUGCCUUAUCCGAGAAUCCCUCUGAAGGAUGUCGUUCCCCGCGUGGAGAAGGGGUACAAGAUGGACGCCCCAGAUGGCUGCCCCCAGGUCGUCUACGAGGUGAUGAAAAACUGCUGGACCCUGGACCCCGUCAUCCGGCCUUCCUUCCACCAACUACGAGAACAGCUAGAGCAUAUCAAAGGCAACGAGCUCUACCUGUGAGACGGGGGGCGGGGCUUCCUGAAGACACCCCCCUUCUCCCUUCAGUCCCGCCCCACCCCCCUGCGCAGGUAGCGGGGUGGGGGAGGGGAGAAGGACUGAGCGAGCUGCUGGACCUGCUCCACCCAUGGAACUAUCCUAAAGAGACAUAUUGGACUUGUGCAUAUCCCUGCCCUGGGUCUGCCUCCCCCUCCCCGGGUCUCUUAGGCUGGGCCAGCUGGUGAUGUGGGAAUGAGAUGGAUUGAUCGAGGCUGCCCCCACCACCUUGUCCCUGUAGAAAUCAAACUGGGAAAUUUUAGCGGCAUGUUGUUACCCCCACACUCCCUCCCUGCCCCCAACCACUGAUCCUUUCCCACAGAGUUUCUCCUCCUCGAUUUGUCCCUGGGAUCACAUCUCCGUUUCUCCAGCUCACAGGAUCGCGACAGCAGGGCACAGGGUGGGGACGACUGAUGUGGCACGAGGAGGGAAGCCAGGGUGGGGGAGGGGAGAGAGGAUAAAUGGGGGGUGUCCUAUUGCUGACGGUAUUUCCCGCUCCUCUCACGAUUCCUGCGAUUGCUUAAAAACUUCCGAUUCAGUUGUUUUCUCUGGAUUUUGUUGGGUUAUUUUUUAUUAUUUCAAAUGGAAACGGGCCAGCCAAGCGCUGGGGUUUUACUAAAGUACGAAUCUCUUAUUUUUUAAUGUAAUUGAAAAAAAAAAUUAAAAAAAAAGGUUUAAAAAAGAAAGAAACAAAUCGACCCACCUGAAAGGAAGGAAAAUCCCAAGUCUGCUAACUGACCGGGUGAAAUAACUGAGAAACCAAGGGCGAUUGUUGAAUUGUUUCGCUAUAACUUGUUGCAGUGUUUUGCAUGCCGUCUUCAGAGGCCUUUUCCAGUCCUGUCCAGUGCUUUAUUCUCAUGUAAUGCUGCCAACUGUGAGAUUAAAUUGUAAUAAAACCAUUCCAUAAGGACA